AUGAUGUCCAUUUGCAUUGAAACACUAUCAGCGGAAGGUCGCCGGGAUUUCUUCAACUCGUUCGACACUGUACUGACUGACUGCGAUGGAGUACUUUGGAUUAUGAACAACACUAUACCCGGUGCGACACAAGUUAUUAUUGAUUUCAAGAAAAACGACAAAAAAAUAUUUUUCGUUACCAACAACAGUACUAAAUCGCAUGUACAACUUUUGGAGAAGUUUCAUUCCCUCGGAUUUCAAGCAUCGGUCAACGACGUGAUUAAUACUAGUUUUUUGGCUGCCAAAUAUUUAAAAGCCAAUCUAGAUCCGUCCAAACGAGUUUACGUAAUCGGAUCACCGGCUCUAGCCUGUGAACUGAACGCGUUAAAUGUGAAAAACUUUGGCGUUGGUGAGGACUAUUUAAAAACUUCAGUACCAGAAUUUGUCGAUAACGUGAAGCUAGAAUCCGACGUUGGAGCGGUUUUAGUAGGAUUCGACGAUCAUUUUAGUUACCCAAAGUUAUUAAAAGCGGCAUCAUACUUGAAAGAUGAAAAUGUUUUAUUCGUGGCUACCAAUACCGAUGAGAAUUUUUCCGUAGCCGGUUCUGAUUUUGUUAUACCAGCUACCGGUUGUCUAGUAUGUUCUGUAAAAUGUAGUGCUGGACGGGAACCAUUUGUGGUCGGGAAACCGUCGAGUUACAUUUGUAAUGUCUUAAUGGAAACCAAUAAAAUCGAUCCUUCCAGAACUCUAAUGAUUGGUGACCGUUGCAAUACUGAUAUAUUAUUUGGUAAACGUUGUGGAUUUAAAACAUUGUUGGUACUGACCGGUGUGAAUAGUUUAAAAGAUGUGGAAGAAUGGAGCAAAUCCGACGAUCCUACUUUACAAGAGUUAGUUCCCGAUUAUUAUGCCGAGAGUAUUGAUAGUCUAAGAGCAACAUUUCCAGUGUCAUCGUAA